UAGACGGUCAGUCACAGCACAGACGUGUUCAGGAGCGCACAGGAGGUUUAACAGCCGCUUCAACAUGAAGACUUCAUUAUUCCUUCUGGUAGCUUCCUUCUGCCUGCAGAUGUACCAGCCGACAGACGCGUGUUCGUGCGGGAUGUCGCAUCCGCAGGACGCGUACUGCCAUGCAGACAUCGUGAUAAGAGCAAAAGUUGUGGGCAAGAAACUUCUGAACGACGGUCCGUUUGGCACCCUGCGCUACACCAUCAAACAGAUGAAGAUGUACAAGGGCUUUGAUAAGAUGCAGCAUGUGCAGUACAUCUACACGCAUGAUUCAGAGAGCCUGUGUGGAGUCAAGUUUGACAUCAACAAAUACCAGUACCUCAUCACAGGUCGUGUUCAUGAUGGUAAAGUUUACACAGGACUGUGUAACUUCAAUGAGAGGUGGGAGCGUCUGUCUCUGGCACAGAAGAAGGGCAUCAACCAUCGCUACCAGUUGGGCUGUAACUGCAGGAUCAAGCCGUGCCACUACUUGCCAUGCUUUGUGACUUCCAAGAAUGAAUGCCUGUGGACGGAUAUGCUCUCCCACUUUGGUUAUCCUGGUUACCAGUCCCGCCACUACGCUUGCAUCCAGCAGAAGGAAGGUUACUGCAGCUGGUAUCGGGGUAUUACCACUCGUAAAAAAGUAACCAACACCACCGACCCCUGAACUCGGCAAACAUCCCUUCUGCUUCCCCUUUCCAACACCUUACCGCAUCCACACGGCACUUCCCCGGCCUUCGGAUCCCCGUUCAGAAAACAGUGAAAAGAUGAAUCCUGCCGACUACGCCAGUUUCUAAUAACACUUACUGUGGCACCUGUUAUUCAUCAAGAAUUACAUCAAAUUUUGCUGUGUGAGGCCUGAUGCAAUUAAUGCAGAACACCAGAAGGCAUGAACUGAUCCUCAUAAACAUAACCCACUGUAUCCAUUCAGAAGAUAUUCAAUAUUAAAUAAUUUAUGAAGGCAAUAAUCCACGAACCUGCCGCAAAAAAAACAAACAAAAAAAGCUUUUUUUUUUUUUGGUAAUGUAUUGCUUUUUAAACAUGAUUUUUAAAUAUAAAAAUAACUGCUAUUGUAUAUGUAUGCAAAUCUACAUAAUGUCCACGAUUUAUACUGUUAAAUACCUAUUUAUUAAUUGUCUCCGCUUACCUCUGGAUUGUGCUGUAAUGUUCCGUUUUUUUGCAUUGUUACCACAUUUAUAUAAUGUACACGUUUCAUUAACCACAACUGGUUUUAUAUAUAUAUAUAUAUAUAUAUAUAUAUAUAUAUACACACACACACACUACCGUUAAAAAGUUUGGGGUCACUUAUUCUUUUAUUGAUAUUUUUUCACAUUUUAAAAUAAUGAAGUCAUCACAACUAUGGAAUAAUAGAAAUGGAAAUAUGGGAAUUAUAUUGUGACUAAAAAAAAUCCAAAAUAAAUCUAAAUUGUUAUAUUUUAGCAUCUUCAAAGUGGCCACACUUUGCCUAGAUUUUGCAGAAAUGUACUCUUGGCAUUUUCUCAACCAACUUCUUGAGGUAUUGAAGGAGUUCCCAUCUAUAUGUUGGGCACUUAUUGGCUGCUUUUCUUAAUUAUUCAGUCCAAGUCGUCCAUUUCAAAACCAUUUAGUUUUAUAAUGAAAUAAAUGAAUAUGUUGGCACAAUUAUAUUUUUGUCUACAAAACUAAUUUCAAACAUUGAAUCAUACGCCUUGAGAUCGAAAGAUUUUUAAGAUCAUGAGAAACAUUUCAGUCAAGUGACCCCAAACUUUUGAACGGUAGUGUAUGUGUAUGUGUAUGUGUGUGUGUGUAUAUAUAUAUAUAAUAUUUUUUUACUGUAAGCACAGCUAAAAACGAACCUUCCAGCACAGAUUUAGAGAAACUCCCGAGUGGAACAAUUGAUGCAUUUUAUUCUUUUCGUUGGUUUGUGUCUCUUGCUGUUUAUGAUAUAAGCUAUGAAAUUGUGACUUCUGUAUUUUUGUACUUAAAAGUUUAGACCCACAAGAAUCCAGAUGUAAAUCCUAAAUGUAUUUCCAACAUCUAGUUUGUAUUUAUGCACCUUUUAAUCUGAGAAACCAUAAAAUACAACACUGCUCAUCUAUAUUCCAAAUGUAAAAAUAUAUGUAUGUGCCAACAUUCAACAUUCAGUUCUACUUUUCUGAACAUUUUGAGGGUAUGCUGGAAAAACUGCCCACAUGAAUACAGAGGUUUUGGUUCUGAAUGAAAUAGAAUAAAUGUGUAUAGGUAUCGAAGCAUAUCAUAUACAGUAGAACGCCUAGAAUAAUGUGACGUUACCACUAAAUUGAUCAUGUGUCACAGAUUUUUUUCUGGUCCAUUCCUCAGUUGGAGGCAGAUUAGAUGUUUCUCAUAAUGAAUACAGUUAAUCAUAUCUAGAGAAAUGUAAAGUUUGGUGGUGUUUGUGUAGAUGUAAACACGUCAUGCACUAGUUUACUGCUGGUUUAGAAUGAGAGCAUUUACUUCUGCCUCUAACUCGUGUUUUUAUAACAUUUAAAUAUUCUGUCUGCGUAACAUCCUGCUCAAAUCAGUCCUGUUUUACUCUCAUUUAAGAUGCGGAAAGGCUGUGUAGUGUGUGUGUGUGUGUGUGUGUGUGUGUGUGUGUGUGUGUGUGUGUGUGUGUGUGUGUGUGUGUGCGUGCGUGUGCAUGUGUUUGUGCAAACAAAUUCCUAAAGAGGUGACCAUUUUUCAAUAGGGGCUUUCAAGAAUGUUUUGAUUUUUAUAUUUUUAUAAUAAAUAUUGUGAAAAUGGC